AUGGCGGUGGCAUCCGCGGCCUCGUUCCCGUCACCAUCAUUCCCUGGCCAAGUCGCAGAUUGUGUUACCAUGGCGGUGGAUAAUUGGACCAUAAAUCUGGAAUGCGAUGGGAAAGCUGAAGGACAUAAACAUGUGCAAAGGGAAAUGGAUAGAGAUGAGAUAUGCUUUUUCAACUUGAUUGAUCUAAUCGAGGGUUCUGGGUACACAUCAGUCGACUAUCUAUACUACAAGAGAACAUAUAGCUUGGUUGUAAUAGAACAAGAUUUCGAUGUGAUGGAAAUGCUCAAUGAGUCCGACAUGGUGAUUACAAGAAAGUGCACAAUUCAAAGCAAUGAUGAAUAUAUGUUAGAGCAAGAUACUAGGCAAGAGAGUCCUCAACAAAAUGUUGCAGCAUCUAAAGUUCAUACUAGUGUUGGAGGAGACCAGAUUGACAGUGAGGAUAUAAGUGAGGCAAAUAGGAUAAACUGUACAAAGAAGUCAACCCAUACUGCUGGAACAAAGAGUUUUGCUCGAAAUAGAGAGGAGCGGAAGGAAAAAGAUCCUGAAAAGAAAUACCCUCACAGGGUUGUUUUGUAUAUUCAUACACAUAAGACUAAAAGCGAGAAGGACACGAAUGCACAUGUGGAUGAUUUGAAGAAACUCAUAGGGCAGCAACCAGAUUUAGCAGACACUAGUCAAGGAAAGGUUGCAUGGAGAGGAGAUGCACUAAAUAGAGUACUAGGAGAAGAGAAGCCUGGUCAUGUGCAUAGCUUGGGACUUGUUCCAAAUCCAAAUCAAGUUUUUGACCUGUCAACUUCAAAGCGCCUUAAGAAUAUAAAUAUGACUUCGUUGUAUGACAAAUCUAGUGAAGAUGUUGUAUCUCUAAGACUUCAAAUGGAAAAGUUUGGACGUCAAGUCCAAAAUCAAGAUGCUACAAUACUAGAAUUACAACAGAAGACAAAAAUCUCAGAACAAAGACAUAUCCAACAGGAAUGUUUAGAUGUUCCAUUGCAAGAUGGCUUUUCUACUGAUGUGCCAAAUUUGAAACGAAAAGUAUGUGUCUCUAUGGAGCAUUAA